CAGCAGUAGUAACAGAAGAAGAAGACGCCUGAGUCGAACCGGAAGUAGUCUGUCAGAAGGACGUAGUGGUUUGGGGCUGUAGCGAGCUAACUCAGCUAAGAUGCUGUCAGUUUUAUCUAAUGCGCUGAGGACGUGUGCUCAGAAGAAUGGUGCUGCUGUGGUCGUGUCAGCAAGGACGUAUGCUGACUUCACGACCCAGGCUACCUUUGAGAUAAAGAAAUGUGAUACGUUCAAGUUGGAUGAGGCCCCAGCCACUCAGGUGGUGAUGACUCGCGAUGAGGGUCUCCAGUACUAUCGGACGAUGCAGACGAUGAGGCGAAUGGAGCUUAAGGCAGAUCAGCUGUAUAAGCAGAAGAUCAUCAGAGGUUUCUGCCAUUUGUAUGAUGGCCAGGAAGCUUGUGCGGUUGGCAUUGAAGCAGCAAUUAAUUUGUCAGACCACCUGAUCACUGCGUACCGUGCCCACGGCUACACAUACACCAGGGGAGGGACUGUAAAGGAAAUCAUGGCGGAGCUCACUGGCAGGAGAAGUGGCAUUGCAAAGGGCAAAGGAGGGUCCAUGCAUAUGUACUGUAAACAUUUCUAUGGAGGAAACGGCAUUGUUGGAGCUCAGGUUCCAUUGGGUGCUGGUGUGGCUCUUGCGUGCAACUACAUGGGCAACAAUGAGUUGUGUGUCUGUCUGUAUGGUGAUGGUGCUGCUAACCAGGGUCAAAUCUUUGAGACGUACAACAUGGCUGCACUUUGGAAGCUGCCAGUCAUCUUCGUCUGUGAGAACAACAGGUAUGGCAUGGGAACGUCAGUGGAACGGGCAGCCGCUAGUACGGACUACUUCAAAAGAGGAGAGUUCAUUCCUGGUCUCAGGGUGGAUGGAAUGGAUGUUCUCUGUGUUCGGGAAGCAACACGCUUUGCAGCUGAUAUGUGCCGAUCUGGCAAGGGUCCUGUUCUGAUGGAACUUCAGACGUACCGCUAUCAUGGUCACAGUAUGAGUGAUCCUGGUGUCAGCUACCGCACACGUGAGGAGAUCCAGGAAGUGCGCAGUAAGAGCGACCCUAUCUCCUUGCUGAAGGACCGCAUGCUGAGUAACAACAUGGCCAGUGUGGAGGAGCUCAAGGAGAUCGACGUUGAGGUGAGGAAGGAAAUAGAAGAUGCUGCUCAGUUUGCCACCACGGAUCCCGAACCACCACUGGAAGAAUUGUGCGACCAUAUCUUUCACAAUGAUCCCCCGCUGGAGGUGCGCGGCACCAACCCAUGGACCAAACUGAAGUCUCAUAGUUAAAUUAUUCUCAUCACCUCCUCCACUCCAAUAUGUCAUCAGUUACCCAUUAAACCCACAGUGUCCGCAAGUUGAUUUUAAUUGAACUGUACUAUGUAUAACACGGCCCUACAAUAAAGCUCCCCCCUUUAAGAAGAUUUUUCUAUUCACGUGCCAUCUUCCUUAUAUUUUUUUAAGGUUGAAUGCAACAUAUGUUAACUUUUCAAAGUGUUCUUUUAUAUUUGCUCACUUUCACACUUGAAGGAUCCCGAUGUUAAAAUUGAGCCAGACACACAAUAAUUAUGACACUCAACACAAUACAGUACAUGUAAUAUUUGCUCUAUAUAGAAGGACCUUGCCAACAAAAAAUAUUUAGCAAUUAAAACUGGUGAUGCGCCACUGUUGUCUGUUACAUCGAGCGAAUGAUGAUAUUCAAACUUUGGUCUUAUGUGUGCAUCAUGUAUUAAAAACCUAUCAGAGA